AUCUGAACCGUUAAAUCUCUGAUUCUCUUAUGAUCAGCGGUUCACAUUUGACACGGAGCUAAUUCCUUACCCGCGUCCAACACAAAGGAGUAUAAUCAACAGAACGUGACGCUAAUCUCGCUUUCUCAUCUUCGUUUCACUUCCCGCAACACGCAAAAAAAAUUUUUCCCCUUAUUUUCCUUCGCCGCGAAGGUUCCUCUCUAUUUCCUCUGUGAGUUCGCUUUCUAUUUUCAUCUUCACUUCUCUGCGAUAUCGCCGAUGUUAGAAUCGGAGCUUCACGAUUUAUCCGACGACGCCGAUUACGCCGCUUCGCAGCAACAAGGUUCUGCUAGCGUCAUGCUGCGAAGCGACAGUACAAAGGUGAGCUCGCCUCAUGAGCGGGACGAUGCUGAGAUUGUGUUUUUGAAGGACAAUGUGGCAAUUCAUCCAACGCAGUUUGCAUCAGAAAGAAUUAGUGGAAGACUGAAGCUGUUUAAGCAAGGCACUUCCUUGUUCAUGACUUGGGUUCCUUACAAAGGCCAUAGCUCAGAGGCGAGCCUUUCUGAGAAAGAGAGAAGCCUUUACACCAUAAGAGCGGUGCCCUUCACUGACAUUAGGUCCAUCCGGAGGCAUUCGCCUGCACUUGGAUGGCAAUAUAUCAUUGUUGUUCUAUCAUCAGGACUUGCUUAUCCUCCACUGUACUUCUAUAGUGGAGGAGUCAAAGAAUUCCUUGCUACAAUUAAGCAACAUGUUCUUCUUCUGAGAUCCGGCGAAGAUGCAAAUGUGUUCCUUGUGAAUGAUUCUCAGCAUACACUGCAGAGGACUUUGUCUUCUUUGGAGCUGCCUAGGGCUGUUUCUGUUGCAUGUGGACCUUCAGUUGAUGAAACAAAUUUGAAUGAGAACCAAGAAAGGACUGAUAGUGGUGCCAAUAAUCUAAGUGCCAGUGUUCCUCAAUUCCAUGGUAGACCAAAACAUAAAGCUCAUGAUCCUCGGGACCUUUCUAUUCAAGUGUUAGAGAAGUUCUCUCUUGUAACAAGAUUUGCUCGUGAAACAACAUCUCAACUCUUUGGUGAAAACCAGAAUAAUGGGUUCAGUGGCUAUGAAAGGAGCACCCAAAUCCAGCCUAACCUUGAUCAGCCUAAGAAAUCUACCGAUACCCAGAUCCUAAGGCGGUAACUUAUUCACUUCAUUGCUGAUAUUGUUAAUACUAGCCUUACUGUAAGCAAGCAGCUGGAUAAAUUAUCACUAGUAUGGGGAAAACCACGUCAACCCCCAUUAGAUUCUCAAGAGUGGAUGACUUUCUUGGAUUCUGAAGGGAGAGUGACAGAUUCAGAAGCUUUGAGAAAGAGAAUAUUUUAUGGUGGACUUGAGCACAAUUUACGAAAAGAGGUUUGGGGCUUGAUUUUGGGAUACUAUUCAUAUGACUCAACAUAUGCAGAGAGAGAAUUCCUGAAGUCAGUUAAGAAGUCGGAGUAUGAAACUAUAAAGAACCAGUGGCAGAGUAUCUCCAAGGCACAGGCUAAAAGAUUUACAAAAUUCAGGGAAAGGAAAGGUCUUAUUGAGAAAGAUGUGGUGAGAACUGAUAGAUCGCUUGCUUUCUAUGAAGGGGAUGAUAAUCCAAAUAUCAUUCUUAUGCGCGAUAUCCUGUUGACAUAUUCAUUCUACAACUUCGAUCUAGGUUAUUGUCAGGGAAUGAGCGAUCUUUUGUCUCCGAUAUUGUUUGUGAUGGGUGAUGAAUCAGAGGCAUUUUGGUGUUUUGUUGCUCUACUGGAGCGUCUUGGACCGAACUUUAAUCGUGACCAAAAUGGCAUGCACUCUCAACUUUUUGCAUUAUCUAAGUUGGUGGAGCUACUGGAUUGUCCAUUGCAUAACUAUUUCAAGCAGCACGACUGCUUGAAUUAUUUCUUCUGUUUUCGUUGGAUUUUGAUCCAAUUUAAAAGGGAGUUUGAGUUCGAAAAAAUAAUGCGGUUGUGGGAAGUGUUGUGGACACACUAUCCAUCUGAGCAUCUGCACCUUUAUGUCUGUGUGGCUCUCUUGAAACAACACCGUAAUAAGAUAAUGUGGGAAGGAAUGGACUUCGACAACCUUCUCAAGUUUAUAAAUGAGCUUAGCGGUCAAAUUGACCUCGAUGCAACCCUCAGGGAUGCCGAGGCUCUCUGCAUAUGUGCCGGCGAGAACGGUGAAGCUUGUAUACCGCCUGGAACCCCACCAUCCAUGCCCAUUGAUGACGGUUCUUUCUAUAACCAGCUAGAUGACGAAGUUCUGUAAAUAACUUAUCUAUCAAUUUUCUUUAGUCAUACAUGAAUAUUGUGUAUUUCCCUGAUUUGGUUAAAUACGGUGUUAACAUAAAUAAGACACCUGUUAAUUCUCCUUGCA